AUGUCUUGUGUUGCCCUGUGCAUAUCUGUGUCCGAGGCGGCACGCGUUUUGAGAGAUGUAAAGAUUGUUCGUGUGUCUGGUGACUGGAGUCUUCGCGACAUGUUGCAGGAGCUAAUCGGCUUAUCACUUAGGGCAAUGGCAGGAGCCAUUGAUGGAAGUCAUAUACCAAUUACUCCACCUGUGUUGAAUCACACCGACUAUUAUAAUAGAAAAGGAUGGUAUUCUGUUAUUCUUCAAGCUGUUGUUGACCAUCAUCAAUACCUGUUUUGUGACAUUAACGUUGGCUGGCCCAGGAAUAAGGCAGAAGGGACGAUUUUAAAUGGACAAAGCAAACAAAUUGAAGGGUGCACCAUACCAGUAUUUCUUAUCGGAGAUUCUGCAUACCCUUUGCUCAAGUGGCUCAUCAAACCUUACCCUGAAAAUGAUCACAUGACAGAACAACGCAGGAACUUCAACUACCAACUUUCUAGAGCUAGAAUUGUGGUUGAAAAUGCUUUUGGAUGCUUGAAGGCCCGCUGGAGGCGACUCAUGAAGAAAAAUGACAUGAGCGUUAAAAUGUCCCUCACAUUAUAG